GGACGGACAAGGGCUUCUCUAGGCGGGCGCCGCCGCGACCCAGGUCUCGACCAUUCCGGAAACUUCAGCCCCCAAAUUCCUCCCCUUCCCGGCGGUCCCUUCACGAAUUUCGUGUCGCCGCCGGCGACGAGCCUGGAAUCCCCACCCACAUCCUCCACCCCCCCUGCGCGGAGACCCAUGGACAGCAGCGGCGGCGUGGGCUGGUACGUGCUCGGCCCGAACCAUGAGCACGUUGGCCCCUACGCGCUCUCCGAGCUGCGAGAACAUUUUGCUAAUGGGUACCUCAAUGAGAGCACAAUGCUCUGGGCUGAUGGGAGGAGUGAAUGGAUGUCAUUGUCUUCGAUUCCGGAGAUCCAUUCUGGGGUCACAAAGAAGGAUCAACCUGAACAAGAAACUGAAGAUGAUUUCGAGAAAUUCCAGAAGGAGGUUAUAGACGCUGAGUCAGAGGUGGAGGCGUUGAAACCCAAGGAUGCAGAUGGUAACUUAAACAAAGAGCACGGCAUUGAUGAUCCUGACGAGCGACCAUCGUCCCCACCAGAUGGUGUGGAAGAAUUUAUUGAUGAUGAUGGCACCAUAUACAAGUGGGAUCGCAUGCUGAGGGCAAUGGUUCCUCAAAAUGAUGUAUCAGGUAAAACAGACGGCUAUGAAGAGAAUGAUGAACCGGGUAAAAAGGAUGACUAUAGACUUGAGGACAUGACUUUUGCACUCGAGGAAGAAGUAUUUCAACCACCAGAUAUUCCUGGCUCAUCCACAUUAGAUGAGAACAAUGCUUCAACUGAAAAAGAAAUUAAAGAACCAGUAAAGGUAGAAAAGAGACAGGAAAAGAAGCGGAAAUCUUCUGAGAAGCCUGUUGAAAAGAAGGAAGCUAACAAACCUCCAGAAAGUUGGUUUGAUCUCAAAGUCAACACACAUGUCUAUAUUACUGGUUUACCUGAUGAUGUCACAGCUGAGGAGAUUGUAGAGGUAUUUUCCAAAUGUGGAAUUAUAAAGGAGGAUCCUGAGACAAGGAAGCCCCGAGUGAAAAUCUAUACUGACAAGGAAACAGGCAGAAAAAAGGGUGAUGCUCUAGUGACCUAUCUGAAGGAGCCUUCUGUACCUUUAGCAAUUCAACUAUUGGAUGGGACAUCAUUCCGCCCUGGUGGCAAGACCCUAAUGUCUGUAAGCGUGGCCAAAUUUCAGCAGAAAGGUGAUGUUUUUAUGGCCAAGAAAGCAGAUAAGCAAAAGAAAAAGAAAGGCAAGAAGGUUGAAGAUAAGAUGCUGGGAUGGGGUGGGCACGAUGAUAAGAAGGUGAUGAUUCCUACCCAAGUGAUUUUGCGGAAUAUGUUCACUCCUGCUGAAUUGAGAACUGAUGAAACUUUACUUCCUGAGCUUGAGGAAGACGUUAGACAGGAAUGCAUGAAGUUUGGUCCGGUUGACAAUAUCAAGGUUUGUGAAAAUCACCCGCAAGGAGUUGUAUUGGUUAAAUUCAAAGACCGGAAAGAUGGUAUCAAAUGCAUAGAGGCCUUAAAUGAAAGAUGGUUUGGUGGGAAGCAAAUACAUGCGAGCGAAGAUGAUGGCUCGAUCAAACAUUCUCUCAUCCGUGACUACGACGCUGAGGUGUCAAGGCUGGAGCGCUUUGGAGAAGAGUUAGAAGAAGAAUCCACAUAGGAAGUCAAUCAUCCGGUGUUUUAGUGCUGUUUUGUAGCUGAUAGCUUGGAAUUACAACACAAAAGGAAAGAGAGAAUAGUUGGAUCAUCUGUUCGCUUGUUAUUGAUCUUAUUAAGACUGCUUCUGGGUUAACUUUAAGCAGCCAAACUAUUACAGUUCAUCGGCUAAAGUCUGUCUUGGUGUACAUCACAGAGACACUGAGCCUUUUGGCAUACUAACAUGCACUACUUGCUGCUAAGCAACUUGCUAU